AUGAAACAAAAAAAUAGUGACUUUAAGUUCGUUUUAUACAUCGCUCCAAAAGCUCUAAAGGAAGCUGCUAGUUCUACACCAGCUCCUUCGUCUUCUUCAACCUCAACUUCUGUCCCUACCAAUUUAGAUUUAGAAAUUAUCCAAGAAGUUUUUGGCUCACUACCAGAAAAAAUAACGGAGUUUGAAUUUUUAGACAUAUCUAAAAUUGGCAUAUCCAACAAAAUUUUAACAGUUAUUCCACCUUCGAAUAACAACAAUAAUAAUAACAAAAAAGUUGAUGACAUUCCUGAAAAUUCUUCUUCAUCUAAAGAUAGGUUAAAACUUUUGGAUUCUGACGAAUAUCUCGAGAAUGAUAAUAUGGAAGAAGACUUAAGACUUUACAGUUGUUACAAAAGCUACCCCUUUGCAGUUACCAACGUGGCUGCCACAGCUUUACACAUGACCAUUCCUGAUCUUAAGAUUGACACUUUCUGUGAUUUCUCUCAAUAUAAAGCUGAUAUGCAAUUCAAUGAAAGGGCUAUCCAUGUCACCGAUAUUCCUUUACAGAUGAAGCCUACUAAUAUCAAACAAGUUUUUGCCAAAUAUGAAACAGUUACUGAUUUUAAAAUGACAAAUGAUUUUGUCUGUAUCAAUCCUUGCACUUUGUCUCCAAAAGAAAUUAAAUAUAGGAAUACACACUAUAUCAAAUUAACAAAUCUUCCUUUUGGUACCUCUGCAAGAGAUCUUCAUAAUAUAAUUCUUGCUACUAAAGCUAGAGCUA